AUGGUGCUUUUCUGCAAAGGCAUUUUGGCCCCAGCGCUGCUCACGCAUGCCGCCUGGAUCACAGCCUGCAGCUACGGGCCCCGUUCUCCCGACGCAGGAACCGACGUGGACCUUGGCGAGCUUGGCAGCGUCCAAGACUUCUCCAAGGUUGCUGGAACCGACUGCAGCGAGUGGAACAUGACCGACGAGUAUCCCACUGAGACGGUCGACAUCGCGGUGUUUACUCCCAGCGCAGCCAGCGCCACCUCUCUCCCUACCGGAAAGGCGGGGCAGUGCGCUCAUCGGACCGGCUGGGAGUGGCUCGUUUGUGAGAACAUGCCUGAGAGCCAUGUGAAGAAGGCGCUCGGCAUCGGUCUGCUCAUCUAUUACGCUCCGACGUUGAUACGGCACUGGCUCCAGUGUGUUGGAAGAUUUGUAUACGGCAGCAACUACGUUUGGUAG